AUGAGUGUGAUCCUUUGUACUGCUGGUUACGAUCAUAUUAUCCGCUUCUGGGAAGCCCUUUCGGGCAUAUGUUCACGAACAAUCCAGCAUCCAGAGUCGCAAGUCAACCGAUUAUGCAUUACCCCAGAUAAACGAUUUGUAGCCGCUGCAGGCCGUCAUCGCGUGUACCUCUACGAUAUCCGGUCGUCAAAUCCAAACCCGGUCAUGAAGUUUGAUGGCCAUACCAAUAAUAUUACUGGAGUCGCGUUCCACUGUGAAGGAAAGUGGAUGGUUACCAGCUCUGAAGAUUGUACGGUGAAGGUCUGGGAUGUAAGAUCGGGGACGCUGCAGCGGAAUUACACGCACAAGGCUCCUGUCAAUGAUGUGGUGAUCCACCCGAACCAGGGCGAACUGAUCAGCGCGGAUGGAUCUGGCUUCAUCCGAGUGUGGGAUUUGGGUGAGAGCAGGUGUACACACCAGCUUAUACCCGAGGAAGAUGUAUCCAUGGCCAGUGUCAGCGUUGCCAGUGAUGGCUCCUUGCUUUGUGCUGGUAAUAACAAGGGAAAUGUAUACCUAUGGCGAAUGCUUCAAAACCAGGAUGAAACGAGCAUUGUCCCUGUUGCAACCUUCCAAGCCCAUAAAGACUACCUUACCCGAGUCUUACUCUCACCAGAUGUCAAGCACCUAGCAACAUGUUCGGCUGACCACACAGCCAAAGUCUGGUCGCUUGACCCGGAGUAUGGGCCUGCAAAAAUGGCUGUUGCGGCCAGGGAGAAAGCAAAGGAAGCUGGCGAGAAGGCCUCUCUAAAUGGAGAAGAAGCAAACGGGAGACAAACUGGAAGGGCAUCGACAAAGAGCAGAAUUGAAUGGAAUGGAAAAGGGUCCCCGGCGAGCUCUGCGGUCAUUAAAUCUGGCGGCAAUACGGAAAUAUCUGCAUCCGAGAUUAUCCAGAACGACAGUUUUGUGUCGGAUCAGCCGUUUGUCUCCCUGCUAGACGGGCCUCCCAUGGAUCCUACAACUAAUACGCUCUAUCUGGAGACAACGCUGGCAAGCCAUCAGCGGUGGGUGUGGGACUGUGCCUUUUCAGCUGACUCUGCAUACUUGGUUACGGUCUCUAGUGACCACUGUGCACGUCUGUGGGAGCUUUCAUCAGGGCAGGUCAUUCGCCAGUACCAAGGCCACCAUCGGGGUGCAGUGUGUGUUGCCUUGAAUGAUUACUCUGAGCCACGGUGA